AUGAGCAUGUUUGCAUCUACAUAUAUGCUCAUGAUGAUGACUAUAGACAGAUAUAUCGCAGUAUGUCAUCCACUAAGGACUUUGCAACAGCCAACACAACAUGCUUAUAUUAUGAUUGGGGCUACAUGGAUUAUCAGUAGCCUUUUAAGUGUCCCUCAGAUCUUCAUAUUCUCUCUAAAGGAAAUUGAACAGUACACAGGAAUUAUAGAUUGCUGGGCUGACUUUAGAUAUCCAUGGGGUGCUAAAGCCUACAUCACAUGGACCACCAUUUCUUUAUUUGCUGUGCCUGUUGGAAUCCUUGUAGUAUGCUACAGUUUAAUUUGCUGUGAGAUCUGCAAGAACCUUAAAGGGAAGAUUCAGACAUCAAGACAUAGACAAGUGAUGCCUUCUAGAGUAAGCAGUAUACAAACUAUUUCCAGAGCCAAGAUCAGGACAGUGAAGAUGACUUUUGUCAUUGUAAUUUCAUAUAUCAUAUGCUGGACACCCUUCUUCAGUGUUCAGAUGUGGUCUGUCUGGGAUGAAAAUGCUCCAAAUGAUGGUAAGAAUUAUGGUGUUUAUUUAAAUAUUAUUGUAGUAUACUUGUUUUGUUGUAGUAUAACUCUUUUAUUUACAUAG